AUGACCGUGGUGGGUUACAGUAUGGUGCUGUGCGGCUCAUCUGACGAAUAUCGCUACCGGGGUCGAAUUGAAAAAGUAAGAUUUGGUGUUCCUAUAAACGAAGCGUUUGCUCAUGACAUCCCAGCGACACUUCUGAUGCUUCUUUUGAAGGUCAAUAAAGAAGGACCAGCUAAAAAAGACAUUUGGAGAGCACCGGGAAAUCAGGCUCAAGUCCGAAAACUAUCACAUGUGAUGCAGCAUGGAAGGCUGGUUAAUAUCGAGAACUUCACAGUCUACACAGCGGCUUCAGUCAUCAAAAAGUUCUUAGCAAAAUUGCCAGGUGGCAUUUUUGGAAGAGAUAAUGAAGAGACACUAUUCAACAGUGCUGCCACAGGAAUGGAUAUUGAGAAACAGAGGCAACUAUUCUAUAGGAUAUUUGGUUCAUUGCCAGUUGGUUCCCAACAUCUUCUUGUUCUCCUAUUCGGUACAUUCCGAGUGGUCGCCGAUUCGUCGGAUGGUCAUGGGACGGCAAUGAAUCCAAAUGCGAUAGCCAUUUCAGUAGCUCCUUCAUUGUUCCAUACAUGUAUACACGAUGGGCGACAGGCCCGAGUAGAAGAUCUGCAACGCUUCAAAUUUGCCUCCAAUGUCGUGUGCUCCAUAAUUUGCUCAUUCGGCGACACAAAACUCUUUCCACGAGAAUGCUAUGAAUACUACGCCAGAUAUACGGGUCGAACGUUGCGAAUCGACGAAAAUCGAAUGUUCACUUUCCAUAACCCUUCCAAUCGCCGUGCUCGAGGAGACGAAUUCUCGGCGUUGGCGGCAAAAUGUGCUGGUGCCUAUUCACUUGCUGCACUUCAUCUGACAGAAGAAGACUCCCCCGAACCAAUCCCAUCAUCGUCAAAGCCGCCACGUGGCAAUGGCGUUGGUCGUGCUGGAAGUCUGAAGCAACAUGCAUUGACACAGACAACGGAUCAUCCCAAAAGAAGUGUUUCGAUUGCAGCCAAAGAUCCGUAUCCGACUGAUUUGAGGACAUCAGUCAGUUGCGAUUUCUGA